AUGACGGGGAAUGGGUCUUACACAACGGACCUGACUGGUUUUGAAAGUUAUUUCCUCGCUAGCGUGAACGUUUUUUUUAGUCUGUGCGGUAUCUUGGGCAAUGUGCUCGUCGUCGUUGUGAUAGCGCGUAGCCGGCAACUUCACACCGUCUCUAACACGUUCAUAACGAGUUUAGCAGCGGCAGAUCUCCUCGUUUGUGUCGUUUCGCAGCCCAUGAACGCAGUGUUCCUGUAUGGGUUGCCACCUAAUACAACAUACGGCAACACACGAAAGAUGUUUUCAUUUGUCUCCCUUCUGGCAUCAAUCAGCAACUUAGCUGUCGUGACAAUCGAUCGCUACAUAGCCAUCGUUAACCCAAUGCAGUACCAGCUCAGAGCUAACUUCAAGAGCGCCUCUCUCCUCCUCUGCGCCAUUUGGGUCGUGUCUUUGGCGCUGGGAAUACCGAGUGGUUUCGUACGAUCUAUUCAACAUAUCACGGUGUACUAUGUAAUUGCACUCUUGUUCGUCAUAAUUCCGAUCUAUGUGCGAAUUUAUUCAAUCGCUCGUAAUCAUUCAAGGCUCAUCGCUAAGCAAGGGGAGCAUAUCAAGAGAGAUUCAAACAAAAAAAUUAAAAAGGAAAAUAUAGCAGCAAAAACCAUUGGGUUCGUCAUAGUCGUCUUUAUCAUUUGCUGGUUGCCUUUGCUCAUAACUCCGAUGAUUUUCCGUCACAGUGAGAACAGCCGCAUUGUCAGAAAGUCUUUGAAAUGGGUUCAGACUCUCGCUUUAUGCUCGUCAGCCUUGAACCCUGUUAUUUAUAGCCUGAAAACGCAGAUUUUCAGAAAGGAAUUGAGAAAAGUUUUCAGGAGCGCUCUCAAACGACAUUCUCGGGCAGACCAACAGAUGACAUAUGUCUAA